CCAAAAAAUAAAUGUUGCUAGUAUCAAAUAUGAAAUUGGUAAUGUUUUUCUUUUACUGUCAAGAGCUGUCAAAAAGCUCUAAAAAUGGUCCAGCGUCUUACAUUUAGGCGACGAUUGUCGUACAACACCAAGUCAAACCAGAGGAGAAUAGUGAGAACACCAGGUGGACGUCUUGUCUACCAAUAUGUGAAGAAGCCCAAGAAGAUCCCAAGAUGUGGCCAGUGCAAAAGCAAACUCAGAGGCAUCCAACCAGCCAGGCCCGCAGAGCGCUCCAGACUGUGCUACAGGAAGAAGACAGUGAAACGUGUAUAUGGAGGUGUCCUCUGCCACAAGUGUGUAAAACAGCGCAUUGUCAGAGCUUUCCUUAUUGAGGAGCAGAAGAUUGUGAAAGUCCUCAAAGCACAGCAAGCGACUGCCAGAUCUACUGGCAAGGUCAAGGCCGCAAAAUGAACUUUAGGGUGUAAAUAAAUAAUUUUAAAAGUCAA